AGAGGAAGAAAAGAAGCUAAAGGGGGACACUGUUUGGUGGCUUGGGGCAAGGUGUGUUGCCCACUUCAGCUGGGUGGACUGGGUAUCUCUAGUCUACCGGAACUUGGAUGGGCCCUCCGGAUGCGAUGGCUGUGGCUACAAAAAACCGACUCUAGAAGACCUUGGACAGGGCUUCCUAUUCAGGUUCCAAGUAAAGCCAGAGCGUUCUUCAGUAAAGUCCUUGUCUCGAUGGUAGGUAAUGGACAUAGUACCCUCUUCUGGUCCGAUAACUGGUUGCAGGGUAAAAGCAUCUCGAUCAUUGCCCCUAGCCUAUUUUCUAUAAUCCCAAAGAAGAUAGCAAAAAUUAGAACGGUUCAUGAGGCCUUGUUAAACAACAGAUGGAUUUAUGAUAUUAGAGGUGGUCUUACUGUUGGAGUUCUGGCAGAUUACUUUAAGCUCUGGGACUGUCUCUCUGGUUUUGAGCUGCACCCUCUCAUUGAAGACAGACACAUCUUUAGUAUAGCCCGAGAUGGAAAAUAUUCAGCGAAGGCAGCUUACAAGGGUCUCUUCCUGGGAUCCUGUGCAUUUGGACACUAUAAGAGGGUUUGGAAAACUUGGGCUCCAUCAAAAUGUCGUUUCUUCCUCUGGCUGGUGGCCCAUAACAGGUGCUGGACUGCUGACAGAUUAGCAAAAAGGGGGCUCAAUCAUCCUAGCAGUUGUCCAUUGUGUGAUCAAGAACCUGAAACUAUUAAUCACCUGCUGGUCUCAUGUGUGUUUGCAAGGAUUUUCUGGUAUAAUCUGCUCAGAAAGUUCGGAUUGGAUAACUUGGCUCCCCAGCCGGGCCUGACUUCCUUCCUGGAAUGGUGGGAGAUAGCUUCUGAAACAGUUCAGGGCAUGGUCAAGAAAGGUCUGAGUUCGCUGAUCUCUUUAGGGGCCUGGACGAUCUGGAAUCACCGUAACAGAUGUGUGUUUGAUGGACAGACUCCCAGUCUCCCCUCUAUCCUUCGGCAGGCUGAUGAUGAAAGAAGACUUUGGGAAUUAGCUGGGGCCAAGGGUCUCUCCUUCUUGGCAGCUUCUUUGACAAAUGGUUGAACCCUACUGUUUCUAUUUUAGUAGUUUUCUGAGUCUGGCUUCCUUGGACUCUUUCACUUAUGUGCGGUACUGGCCUCCGUAAGGAGUUAAAUGUUGUAAUCCUGGUCUACUAUAGACCUUUUUUCCUCUUCUUAAUAUAUUUUAAGGCGCAGUUCCCCUGCGCUUUC